ACUCGCUCAGGUUGGUUAAAAUUCUCUGCGAAUUCGAAGGGUUUUUUGUUUCUGGGUUUGCUUCCGCUCUCCAUCGUCGAUCGAAGGGGUCCAUCCACGAUUUCCAUAUCCAUUGGCGAUUGCUUAAUACUGGCUAGAUUCUCGCGAUUCAGAGGCAUAUCCAAGUGGGGUUAGAAUUCAUGCAUCAGAUUUGGUGAUUACUUUCAGGAGAAAGAUUAGAAGUCCUUGGCGUUUCCUGCAACACUGUACUGUGAUGGAGUAAUUUGGCAAUGAGUACGGUUGGGGACAGGUCAGAUGACGAAUAUUCUGUCAUUGGAGACAAGGGGGAAAUCGGGUUUAUAGAUUAUCAGAAUGAUGUAUCUGCUGGUAAUUACAAUCUUUCAGAUGAGGGUCCAGUUGUUGUUUCUGUUCCUUUCGCAUUCAGGGACGGGAAGCCUCAAUCUGUUACCGUUGGAGAGACUUCCUGUGAUUCUUUCACUGUCAAGAAUACUAUGUCUGAUCCCGUGGACUUAUGGACCAAAAUUUAUGCCUCAAACCCUGAAGAUUCUUUCACACUUUCAAUCCUGAAACCGCCAUCGAAAACUGCAGACCCAAAAGACAUCCAGGGUUUCCUCGAAUCUUUUACCCUCGAAGAUAGGAUGCUCGAGCCAGGUGACACUUUGACUAUUUGGGUCUCUUGCAAACCUAAGGAAAUUGGUUUGCACACCACGGUCAUUAAUGUUGACUGGGGAGAUGACAGAGUGGAACGGGUUGUUUUUCUUUUGGCGGAGGACAAGAUAUCGAGCUCUCUUACUUCUCGGAGGCCUUACGCAAGAAACAAAAGGGUUCCAAGGAAAGAUUUUGCUGUGGAUGAAUAUGUACAUGGAUCCCGCCCUAUGAAGGUGACGGAUCGUAGGUUCAAAAAUAGACUUCCAAGAUAUGACAUUCCGGAUGAUAUUAGAGAUCUGAUUGAGAAGAAGGAAGUCCCAGAUGAUAUAAAUGAGGGUCUUACAAGAGAGAACUAUGCAAACUAUUUCAAGACAUUGUUGAUCAUGGAAGAAAUUCAGCUCGAGGAAGACAUGAGGGCCUAUGAUAUGGAAAAUGUCUCGAUGAAGAGAAGGGGGCUCUAUUUGUCUCUCGAAGUCCCGGGCCUUGCUGAGAGAAGACCUUCACUUGUUCACGGAGAUUUUAUCUUCGUGAGACAUGCCUUUGACGAUGGAACUGACAAAACUUACCAGGGCUUCAUACACCGUGUUGAGGCUGACGAGGUGCAUUUGAAGUUUGCCCCCGAGUUCCACCACUUCCACACAGCUGGGAGUCUCUUCAAUGUAAGAUUUACCUAUAAUCGCCUCUCCACUAGGAGGUUGUAUCAGGCGGUUGAUGCCACAAGGCAGUUGGAUACCGAUUUCCUUUUCCCAUCCUUAUAUUCUGGAAGGAGGAUGAUAAUGGGCAAUUCCUUUGUGCCUAUAUCCUCUGCCGUGAACGAUGAGCAGAUAUUUUCAAUUGAAAUGAUUCUUGGCUGCAAAGGAGCACCGCCAUAUGUGAUACAUGGGCCUCCUGGUACUGGGAAAACGAUGACAUUAGUCGAGGCAAUAGUUCAGAUCUAUACAACUCGGCCAAAUGCCCGGAUUCUUGUUUGUGCUCCUUCCAACAGUGCAGCUGAUCACAUUCUGGAGAAGCUCCUGAGUUUGAAGGGGAUUCGUAUAAAGCAGAACGAGAUGUUUAGGCUGAAUGCUGCUACUCGUGCAUACGAAGAUAUCAAGCCUGAACAUAUCCGGUUUUGCUUCUUUGACGAGUUAGUAUUCAAGUGUCCUCCUCAAAGGGCUUUGACUCGUUAUAAGCUCAUCAUAUCGACGUAUAUGAGUGCAUCCCUUCUCUAUGCCGAAGGCGUAAACCGUGGCCACUUCACUCAUAUUUUCUUGGACGAGGCUGGUCAAGCAUCAGAGCCAGAGAGCAUGAUUCCUAUAUCGAAUCUCUGCUUGGCAGAAACCGUGGUCGUGCUUGCUGGAGAUCCAAUGCAGUUGGGUCCAGUGAUAUACUCGAAAGAAGCAGAGUCUUACGGCUUGGGGAAAUCAUACUUGGAGAGAUUGUUCGAGUGCGACUAUUACCGCGAAGGGGAUGAGAGCUAUGUGACAAAGCUUGUCAGGAACUACAGGUGCCACCCGGAGAUUCUCGUUCUGCCAUCGAAUCUGUUCUAUGAAGGUGAACUGAUUGCCUCUAAAGAAGACGCCGGCUCUCUUCUCACCUCGUUGAACUUCCUGCCCAACAAAGAAUUCCCGGUCAUCUUCUAUGGGAUCCAGGGAUGUGAUGAGAGAGAAGGCAACAAUCCGUCGUGGUUUAACCGGAUAGAGAUAAGCAAAGUUAUAGAGACGAUCAAGAGGCUGACGGCGAAUGAUUGCGUGCAAGAGGAGGAUAUCGGUGUUAUAACACCGUAUAGGCAGCAAGUAUCGAAGAUCAAGGAAGUUCUCGAGAGAUUAGAGAUGAAUGAUGUCAAGGUGGGGAGUGUGGAGCAGUACCAAGGGCAAGAGAAACAAGUGAUCAUCAUCUCGACCGUUAGAUCAACGAUCAAGCACAACGAGUUCGACAGAGCGUAUUGCCUCGGCUUCCUGAGCAAUCCCAGAAGGUUUAACGUCGCAAUCACCCGUGCAAUCUCUCUUCUCGUCAUAAUCGGGAACCCCCACAUCAUAUGCAAGGACACAUACUGGACCAAGCUUCUUUGGCGAUGUGUCGAUAACGAUUCCUACCAAGGAUGUGGUCUGCCGGAGCGAAACGACUCGCUGGACGAACCCUUCGAUCAAGGAGGCAUGUAGCAAGGUGAUGAAGAAGGCGAGUGGAACACCGGAGGAGGGGUGGAAGCCGGAUGGAACGGGGAAGGCCAGUUCGAAGUGGGAGCUGAUAAUGCGAACAAGAAUGAAGACGAAUGGUCCGAUGGAUGGAAGUGAGGAUGUCGGAGAAGACUGGUCCCAGUUUCGUUUUCCGUGGUUUUGUCUGACUGGGGGGCGAACCUUUGCGGUGUCUGAAACUGAAAGUUCGAGCAUUUCUGGUCUAAUUAAUUACACA